AAAAAUUUAAUUCCUUUAAGAGAUGAUAAUGUGGACAAUAGCUUGCAACGGAAUAAGAUUUUACUGAAUGCUGUCGUUAAAGAAGAAGAAUAUUUUGUAGCUCCUAUAAAAGACACUAGAAAAUUAUGAAUAUAAUACGUAUCUUAAAAGAAUUAAAUGCAAAUUUUAUUAAUCUUGCACAACAUGACCUUAUAUAUGGACCUCAAGGUAGAAUGUUAUUAAAAAAUCUUGAAGACCAUUGGUUUUUACAUUGUGUUACAAUGUCACGGUAUAAUAUAUUUUUAUCAGACAAAAUUACUGAUACUUUAAAUUUUAUUACUAAAACUGCAAUGGAUGACAUACCAUUUGGAUUAGCUACAAUAAAAAAUUCAAAAAAUCAGUGGAAUCAAACUAAUAUUCCAAGUAAUUGUGAAUUUAAACCUCACAGAACUGCUGAAAUAGCUGUUUUUAAUAACGAUAUUGAGAGUAAAAAUUUAUAUCAUAAACUACAAAAAGAACGUAAAAUUUGGUGGCGUAAAAUAGCACAGUUUCCUUUUAGAUUUAAAGUUACCGAAUCGAAAAAAAUAAAAAACUUUGAUACGGUAGAUGUGGAAGCACAUUUUUCUUUUGGAACUAUUGUUGUGGAAAGAAUAACUUACCACACUGACGUUCGAAAAUUAUUCUCUCAGAUUGAUAAUAAAAAAGAUUUUACCAAUAUACAAAUGGUCGAACAUACAGUAUCUUUAGAUUGGGGUUGCUUAGCAUUACUUUGCGAUGCUUAUGACACAGACAAAUCAGUUAAAAUGCAAAUACAUUUUAAGCUAGCACCACAUAAAGUCGCGAUUUGUAUAAAAAAGUGGAAGAAUGAAAUGAACAUUGAAAAUGAUGAUUUAAAUCACUUUGUACUUUACUUAAAUAAUAUGCUUCGAACAGAAGGUCUGAAUACUAUAUUAACUAGCUCGCAACAAGUUAUAGAAACAUGUUUAGUUCCUUUUGUAGUUUUAGUUGACAGGACUAGUCUCGAAAAUGGCAUUAUACACGUAACAAAUAGAUCAACAACUCUCAGUGAAGCAAUUCACAUAACCGAUUUAGCAAAGUACAUAAUUAUGCAUUGUUAACCUACA